UGUGGGGUAGCUAAGCAGAUUUCUGUAGUGCCAUUUUGCAGGAUACGCAACAGCAGUGAGUUAUUAUUGUAAGGAUAUGGUUAAAUUGGUAAGUUUUGGAAGGAAAACAAAUGGAAAUUAGAUCAACCUCCACGUCAAACCAGGCUCAAAACCAGAAAAUACUGCCUGUAGAUAUGUCAGAAAAUGGCAAUACAUUAUCUUUCUAUUACCAGUUGACUUGCUCUUGGGUGUUGUAUGUGGUGCUAUUGUUGGUUAAUCCAGAAGGGCUUUUCUUUAGAAUUUCUUGCAGUUUUGCAAUGUAAAUAUAUAAAUGGGCUCUAAAAAGUAUGAUUAAGUUCACAACUUAAUAUCUUUAUGUGCAUACAGUAGCAAUAAUUCUUCUCCCUCAGUUCUCAGAGAUGAACUAUUGAUUUGCGUGUGACUUGCUGUAUAGAAGUAGAAAAGCUUAAUCUUUCUAUUAAUUAUAUAUAUAUAUAUAUAUUUGGUUUUAGCUAGCUUGAGGUCCUUAGACAGACGAAUCUUGAAGCAAGAAUGGCAGGUGGAGGAUUUACAGAUACAGGAAACCUUAAAAGGGCUCAUCUUUAUGAAUAUAGAAUAACAGGUCAUUUCAUUUUCGCUUGCGUUAUUGCAGCUUCAGGGGGAUCCCUUUUUGGGUAUGAUCUUGGUGUUUCAGGUGGAGUCACUUCCAUGGAUGAUUUCUUGAAGGAAUUCUUCCCUACUGUGUAUGAAAAGAAGCAUGCACAUCUUCACGAGACAGAUUACUGUAAAUAUGAUAACCAAAUCCUCACCCUAUUUACUUCCUCCCUGUACUUUGCAGCCCUUGUUGCCACAUUUGGAGCCUCACAUGUAACCAGAACUAGAGGCCGGAAAGCUAGCAUCCUUGUCGGAUCUACUAGCUUCUUUAUUGGGGCAAUUGUCAAUGCAUUUGCAAAGAAUAUUGCAAUGCUGAUCAUAGGGAGAUGUUUUCUUGGUGGAGGAAUUGGAUUUGGCAACCAGGCUGUUCCCUUGUAUCUUUCAGAAAUGGCUCCUGCAAAAAUCCGAGGAGCAGUUAACCAACUGUUUCAACUAACAACUUGUUUGGGGAUCCUGGCUGCAAACUUUAUAAAUUAUGGAACUGAAAAGAUUCAUCCAUGGGGAUGGAGGUUAUCUCUUGGUUUGGCAACUCUUCCUGCUACAAUAAUGUUCGCUGGGGGAAUUUUCCUUCCUGAGACUCCAAACAGUCUUAUAGAACAAGGCAGGCUAGAAGAAGGAAGAAGAAUACUGGAGAAAGUUAGGGGUACCACACAAGUUGAUGCUGAGUUUGAUGAUCUUGUCGAUGCAAGUAAUGCAGCACGAGCCAUAAAGCAUCCUUUCAAGAAUCUUCUUAAACGCAAGAAUCGCCCACAGUUGGUGAUUGGGGCUUUGGGAAUUCCAGCAUUCCAACAACUCACUGGAAAUAACUCUAUACUUUUCUAUGCUCCAGUAAUUUUUCAGAGUUUGGGUUUCAGCAAUGAUGCAGCUUUAUUUUCAUCUGUUAUAACCAAUGCAGCACUUGUUGUUGGUGCUCUAAUGUCCAUGGCUUUCGUGGACAAAUUUGGCAGAAGAGCUUUCUUCUUGGAAGCCGGGGCUGAGAUGUUCAUCGUCAUGGUAGCUGUGGGCAUAACUUUGGCCUUGGAUUUUGGAGAUGGGAAACCAAUCCCAAAAGGAACUGGCCUCUUCCUUGUGGUUGUCAUAUGUUUGUUUGUCUUGGCUUACGGACGGUCCUGGGGGCCUCUCGGCUGGCUAGUUCCGAGCGAGAUCUUCCCCUUGGAGACAAGGUCGGCUGGCCAGAGUGUGGUGGUCUGUGUUAACAUGAUAUUCACUGCUCUGGUAGGACAAUGCUUCUUGGUGUCUCUUUGCCACCUUAAAUAUGGAAUUUUCUUGCUGUUUGCUGGCCUGAUCUUUGUCAUGAGCUCCUUUAUCUACUUCCUCCUGCCGGAAACGAAGCAAGUACCAAUUGAGGAGAUAUAUCUACUCUGGCAAAAUCACUGGUUCUGGAGGAAAAUAGUGCCAGACCAACAAAGGAAGUUGGGAUCACAAGUCUAAUUAUCUUCUAUAACGAGGAAUGAAACGCAUAUUGUUCUACUUCAUUUUCCAUGAAUUGUUCUACUAUGUAUUUUAAUACUUAUCCACGAAUAAUUGAGCCGUGCAUUUUCAUAUAUAAA